AUCAUCUUCCCGCCCCGAGUAUCUCUCUCUCUCUCUCUCUCUCUCUCUCUCUGUUCUCUCUCGAUCUUGAUUGCAUUGCGAAAAAUAGAUGGAGACGAUGAAGAAGAAAGGGAGAGGGAAAGCGACUAUAACAUCACAGAAAGAAGAGGAGGGAACAGUGAGGAAAGGGCCAUGGACUAUGGAAGAAGACUUCAUCCUCUUUAACUACAUUCUUAAUCAUGGUGAAGGUCUUUGGAACUCUGUCGCCAAAGCCUCUGGUCUAAAACGUACUGGAAAAAGCUGUCGGCUCCGGUGGCUGAACUAUCUCCGACCAGAUGUGCGGCGAGGGAACAUAACCGCAGAAGAACAACUUGUGAUCAUUCAGCUUCAUGCUAAGCUUGGAAACAGGUGGUCGAAGAUUGCGAAGCAUCUCCCGGGAAGAACGGACAANUUGCAUUGCGAAAAAUAG